AUAAAAAAUAAAAAUCAUGUCUCCUUCUUUUCUUUUUUUUCUUCUUUUUCUUUUAAAAUUCAAUUCCUUAUCUUCUCAUGCUUCUUCUCCUCCUCCUUCUGUGUAUGACACUUUUGUCAAUUGUCUCACAAUAAACUCAGUUCCUCAAUCAGAAAUCUCGAAAAUUGUCUACUCUCCAAACGAUCCUUCGUUUAACUCCAUUUUACAAGCCUAUAUCAGAAACGGCCGGUUUUUCAACUCCUCCACAACUUCCAAACCGGUUAUAAUUGUCACACCGACGGUGGAAUCUCAGGUUGCCGGAGUUGUUAUUUGUACCAAACAGACUAAUUUACAGCUUAAAAUCCGUAGCGGCGGCCAUGAUUAUGAGGGCAUUUCGUAUAUCUCUGAUGUGCCUUUUAUUAUGCUUGAUAUGUUUAAUUUACGAUCAAUUUCCAUCGAUACAAAUGAUAAAACGGCUUGGGUACAAACAGGUGCUAUUUUAGGGGAGCUUUAUUAUAAUAUUUGGAAGAAAAGUGAAGUUCUCGGUUUUCCUGCGGGGGUUUGUCCGACUGUGGGUGUGGGUGGGCAUGUUAGUGGUGGUGGUUAUGGGAAUAUGCUUCGUAAGUUUGGGCUUACUGUUGAUAAUGUAUUGGAUGCUCGAUUGGUCGAUGUUAAUGGUAGAAUUUUGGAUCGUAAAUCCAUGGGGGAAGAUUUAUUCUGGGCGAUUAAAGGCGGUGGUGGUGCUAGUUUUGGUGUUAUUCUAGCCUUUCAAAUCCAACUCGUUACAGUACCACAAAUCGUGACCUAUUUCAGAGUUGAAAGGUUUAUAGAAGAUAAUACUACCACCGACGCUGUUGUUCAAUGGCAGAAUGUUGCUAGCAAAAUCGACAAUGAUCUGUACAUGAGGCUACUUAUACAGCCCAUCACAGUGAAGGCGAAGGCCAAGGGUGCAAAGAGUACUAAAUCGAUACGAGCAACGUUCAUCGCGUUGUUCCUGGGUGAUUCCAGUAGAUUAAUGUCUCUUAUAAGCAAAGAAUUCCCUCUUUUGGGAUUAACAAAGCAAGAUUGUUUGGAAAUGAGUUGGAUUGAUUCAGUACUACAUUGGGCAAAUUUCGACAGCACGACAAAACCAGAAGCCUUGUUGAACAGAAAAGGGGAUCCAUUAAAUUACUUGAAAAGAAAAUCCGAUUACGUACAAACCUCAAUUCCUAAGAAUGGGUUGGAGUCAAUUUUCGAGAAGAUGAUUUCUUUAGGAAAAGCAGGAAUGGUAUUCAAUCCAUACGGAGGAAGAAUGGGUGAAAUUGCAGAAGGAGAAACACCAUUUCCUCACAGAUCAGGUAUACUUUUCAAGAUUCAGUACUCAGUGAAUUGGCAUGAAGAAGGAUUAACAGCGGAAAAAGAUUACUUAUCACAAAUUAGAGAUUUGUACAGUUUCAUGACCCCAUAUGUUUCAAAGAACCCAAGACAAGCUUAUUUGAAUUACAGGGAUCUUGAUAUUGGUAUAAAUGAUCAAGGUCCACAGAGUUUAGAAAAAGGAAGAGUAUAUGGGACCAAGUAUUUCAAAAAUAAUUUUGAUAGGUUGGUGAAAGUGAAAUCAAUGGUGGAUCCACAAAAUUUCUUCAGAAAUGAGCAGAGUAUUCCUACUCUAAGGAAACAGAGGAAGAUGUUCUAACCUCAUUAUUUUCUACUUUAUUAUGUUAUCAGUAUUUACUUAAUCAAAUAUGUUGCCUAAAUGUUUUCUUGUUA